AUGGAGGCAAAGAUGAAGAAGCUCGUUCGUUCUCUCUUUUCUCCAAAAACAAAACCUAUCUCAAGUCCUUCGGACUCAAUCCCCCCAAACACACAUCUCUUCUUUCGGCAAUGUCCACAUACUACGCCUCCAACACCGCGGCCCGGGAAAAUCCCUCCCGUCCUACAGAUUGAAUUGCUUGGCCAAUCCAAGAAAGACCAAUUCCAACUCCAAGGUCAAGGUCAAGGUCAAGUCCUCGGUGUUCCAAAUGGCAAGUCUACACCCCCUGCAGCAGACUCAGAUAUCAGACAGUACCUGACCGCACCCCCCCGAUGCCUGGACUGCACACUCGAUCUCGCGCGCGAGAAACAACGCACGAUCCAUGAGGUGAUUGGCAACGACAUCGCGGGCUGCCGUGCAAGGAUUUUUGAACUAACAGCUCAACUUGCGACUAGCACCGUAAUCGACUCAGAGACCGCGGAGAUGUUGAAUAAGGAAAUCGCCACGCAGCAGUUGCGUCUAGCUGAGCAUAUCCAAACUCGGCACCGUGAGGUGCGCGCAGUUUGGGACAAUGUCAAGACAGAGUGGGAGGGGGCGGCGAGGGGUGUGGUGCGAGGCGAUGGAUCCGGAGAAGGUGAAGAGAGGUGCCACUUUGAAUUCGAGCCUGUACCUCAAGGUCCCCUAGGUGUUCGUGAUGGGGAGGCUGAGGUUGAGAGCGAAGCAGAGGAAAGUUGGCGGGUUCUAGUCAUUUGGACACCUCUUGAGGAGGGGAGUUGA